AUGAAGGUGGCAGCUCCUUUGGAACGUGACUGCGCGCCGGACAACAGUCUCGUCCGCUCUCUUGUUAAUCCUAAUGAUUUUGGUGCUCAUGGGAACACGACAAAUAUUUCCUUUUUCUUGCUCUCCCUGUCGCUGUUUCUACAAAAGCUCCAGACCACGAGAGAAAGCCCAGACCACGAGAGACAAGCCCAGACACGACACCCACAACACGAGAGAACAAGCCCAGACCCACGAGAAAACAAGCCCAGACCACGAGAAACAAGCCAGACCACGAGAGAAACAAGCCCAGACCACGAGAGAAACAAGCCCAGACCAGAGGGAACAAGCCCACAACCACGAGAGAACAAACCAGCCACGAGAGACAAGCCCCACACCAGGAGAAGAACAAGCCGCAGACCACGAAGAGACAAGCCCAGACCACGAGAGAACAAGCCAGACCACGAGAAGAAAAAGCCCCAGAGAGAAACCCAAACCACGAGAGAACAAGCCCACACCACGAGGAACAAGCCCACCCACGAAAGAGACAAGCCCAGACCACGAGAGAACAAGCCAAGACCACGAGGGAACAAGCCCAGACCACGAGAGAACAAACCCAGACCACGAGAGAACAAGCCCACACCACGAGAGAACAAGCCCCAGACCACGAAGAAAACAAGCCCAGAUCCACGAGAGAACAAAGCCCAGGCCACGAGAGAACAAGCCCAAACCAAGAGAAGAAAAGCCAAGACCACGAGAGAACAAGCCCAGACCACGAGGAGAAGAACAAGCCCAGACCACGAGAGAACAAGCCCAGACGAGAACAAGGCCCGACCACGAGAGAACAAGCCCCGACCACGGGAGGAACAAGCCCAGACCAACAAGAGAACCAAGCCCAAGACCACAAGAGAACAAGCCCAGACCAGAGAGAACAAGCCCAGACCACGAGGGAACAAGCCAGACCAACGAGAGAACAAGCCGACCACGAGACAACAAGCCAGACCACGAGAGAACAACCUAGAACUGAGAACAUACAGCAGACCACGAGGGAAACAAGGCCAACCACGAAGAGAACAAGCCCAAGACCACGAGAGAAAAGGGCCCCAGACCACGAGGGAAAACCCGACCCGCAGACUCCAAACGACAGAACAACCCAGACCACGAGAAACAAGCCCAGACACGGAAGAACAAGCCCGACCACGAGAGACAAGCCCAGAACACCCGAGGGACGCCAGACCACCGAGAGACAAGCCCACACCAUCGAGAAGAACAAGCCCAGACACAAAGAGAAACAAAGCCCAGACCACGAGAGAACAAGCCAAGACCACGAGGGAACAAGCCCAGACACAGGAACAGCCCAGACCACGAGAAGAACAAGUCCCAGACCACGAGAGAACAAGCCCAGACCACGAGGAACAAGCCCAGACCAGAGAGGACAAGCCCAGACACACGAGGAACAAGCCCCAAGCACGAGAGAACAAGCCAGGCUACGGAGAACAAGCCCAGACCACGGGAGAACAAGCCCAGAACCUACGAAGGGUAACAAGCCCGCAGACCGCGAGAGAACCAACCCAGACCACGAGAGAACAAGCCCCACCCACGAGGGAACAAGCCCGACCCGGGAGAAACAAGCCAACCACGAGAGAACAAGCCAGACACGAGAGACAAGCCAGACCACGGGAGAACAAGGCCAGACCACGAGAGAACAAGCCUAACCAGAGGGAACAAAGCCCAGACCAACGAGAGAGACAAGCCCACACCCGAGAGAACCAAGCCCGACCGACAAGAGAACAAACCCAGAACACAGAGAGAACAAGCAAGACACUCGAGGGAACAAGCCCAACCACGAGGGAAACAAGCCAGAACCACGAGGGAACAAGCCAGAACCACGAGGGAACAAAGCCCAACAGAGAGGACAAGCCCCAGAUCCACGAAGGAACAAGCCCAGCCCACGAGAGAACAAAGGCGCCAGGCUACGCGAGAACAAGCCCAGGACCACGGGAGACACAAGCCCAGAACCACAAGAGAACAAGCCAGACCCGAGAAAAAGCCACACCACGAGAGAAAGCCCAGAACCACAAGAAAGAAACAAACCCAGACUCAGAGAGAACAAGCCAGAACCCCGAGAACCAAGCCCAACCCAAAGAGAACAAGGCCCAGACCACGAGAGAACAAGUCCAGACCACCGAGAGAACAGCCUCAGACCACGAGGGAACAUCCCAGACCAACGAGAGGAAAGCCAAGACCCACACGAGAGGAACAAGCGGACAGAGGACCUAUACCCGAGAACAAGCCCAAGGCUAG